AUGGACGAGCAGACGAGUAGUACGAAUAAUAACGCUCCGGCAGUGGCGGUUAUGCCGCCGCCGGCGACGACGACGACGACGAAGACGUCUGCCGCGUUUUCGCCGGCGAUUCCGCCGACGCGACCGGCGGUCGUCGAGAAGAAGGACGAGCCCGCGCCCGCGCCCGUCGCGGGCGGCGGGCGACCGGGGCGACGCGCGGUUCCCGUGGAGAGACAGCCGUCGCCGACGCCGUUGGGCGCGGAUUUCGAUGACUCCAGCGACGAAGAGUUCGCGUUCGCGGACGGAGGAAAAAACGCCGCCCUGGCCCCGGCCCCGGCGCCGGCGACGACGACCGGCCUCGCGGACGCGCUCCUCGCGCCGGUCGCGCGCUCGAACCCGAGACCGAGGCCGUCGCCGAUCGACGCGAGCGGCUCGAGUCUCGACGACGACGAGGUGUUAGAGUUUGGGUCGCGGCGCGCGUCGGGCGGCGGCGGGACGGGGUCGUCGUCCGCGGCGGCGUCGACGUCGGCGUCGACGUCGCGGCCGCCGACGCGGGUAUCCCCGCGCGCGUCCCCGGCCGCGUCCCCGCGCGCGUCCCCGGCGGCGUCGCCUCGCGCGAAACCCGUCCAAGUGUUCGGCGGCGUGCUCGGGAACGUCCUCGGCGGAGGCGCGCGGAACCGUCAGCCGAGAGGGGGCAACGAAGACGCGCCCGCGGCGUCGGCGUCGACGACGGGCGGCGGCGGCGGCGGCGGCGCGUUCCUCCCGGGCGUCCUCGGCGGCGAUUUACCCGGCGCGUCCGCCGAUCCCUUCGCCGCGCGGACGGUCUCGACGCCGCGGACGACGCCGCGACGCGCGGCCGCGGACAUGACGGGCGCGAACUCGCCGGAGUUAUUAUCGGAGAUCCCGUCGCUCGGCGCCGGCGCCGGCGCGGGCGUCGGAUUCGACGACGACGACGACGACGACGACGACGAGUUCGCUUUCGAAGCCGCGGGGGAGGAGCCGGAGCUGGAUCCGGAGCCCGCGGCGGCGUCGACGCCGGUCGCGGCGCCGGCAGGUAACGCCGCGGCGAGAACGCCGAGCGCGAGUCCGUUCGCGGGCGCGGCGGCGAGACGGUUCGGGGGCGCGUCGCCGUUUACGAAACGACGCGCGCCGCUCCCCGCGCCCGCGGAUCUCGGCGUGAUCGACGACGAGGACUUGGAAGACAUCGUGAUGUGA